AUGUCUGACGGUGUCCUCAAGGAAAGUCGUGAGAUCGCCCUCCUGGUUGGCAAGAUGGUAGACUGCACAAACUUGGUCUAUAUGCAGAAGGGUAAAUUCAAGGAUAUAUUACCGCAGGCGCUGGCCCUCCCCCGCCAACAGUGCUUUGACGGAAGGCCACAAGGCCACAAGGCCACAAGGCCACAAGGCCACAAGGCCACAAGGCUACAAGGCUACAAGGCUACCAACUCGCAGUAG